CUUUCAAAUAUGUUUGCAUAUUUAAGCAAAAAAAUUGCGACACCUAAUAACACAAAAUUAAGAUCAGCAUCAUGGAGUAAAGAGCAUGGAUAUGUAGCUUGUGGCGGAGAGGAUGGCCUGUUAAAAGUUUUAAAACUUGAAGUACAGAGUGAUGUUAAACAUAAAGGUCUUGCUGCACAAACAAACUUAGUAAUGAAUCAAACUUUGGAAGGACAUUCAGACGAUGUCCAAGUGAUCGUGUGGAAUGAAAAGUUUAAGAAGAUUACCACAUCUGACCAAAAUGGCCUUAUAAUCGUUUGGAUGCUAUAUAAUGGGGCUUGGUAUGAAGAGAUGAUUAAUAACAGGAACAAAUCUUCUGUUCAAGAUAUGAAAUGGGACUGUGAUGGUCAAAGAAUAUGUAUUGUAUAUGAAGACGGAGCUGCAAUUGUUGGGUCAGUCGAUGGUAACAGAAUCUGGGGGAAAGAUUUGAAAAAUGGAAGCUUAACAUCAGUUGAGUGGUCACCUGACGGAAAUAUCCUGCUUUUUGGCUACCUGACGGGGGAAAUUUGUGUCUUUGAUGGUUGCGGAAACUUCCUGAAAAAAAUGCCCACUUAUUGUUUAAACAACAUACAUGGUGCUGCUCGAAUUAUAAGCUUAGAUUGGUAUAAAGGAAAAAAUAAUUAUGGUACAAGGAAUCUACCUUCUUUGGCUGUAUGUUACGAUGUUGGACGUUGUCAAUUGAUGAAAAAUCAUGAAGAUCCAGAUCCAGUUCUAUUAGAUACUGGAAUUCAAAUAACAUGUUCUUGUUGGAAUGAAGAUGGAUCUAUGUUAGCUAUAGCUGGAACACAAAUAUCAAAUGAUCGUAAUAUCAACGUUGUACAAUUUUACAAUCCACAUGGUAAUCAAUUACGUACAUUAUUUAUACCGGGUAAAUCAUUAACAGCAUGUACAUGGGAAGGUAAUGGUUCGUUGAGAUUAGCUUUAGCUAUUGAUUCUUUUUUAUACUUUGCUAAUUUACGUCCACAUUAUAAAUGGGCUUAUAGUUCAACAGCAAAUACUAUUGUUUACAAUUGUUCACGUACAAAUAAUACAUUUGAACAUUCUAUUGUAUUUUGGAAUUUAAAAAAACACAAAACAAAAAUUAUUUCAGUUCAUCAUUUAAUUGAUAUUUGUGCUUCAGAAGAUUAUGUAUGUUUGAUUUGUAAACCUAAUGAUACUACUAGUAAAGGAGUUAUUUUAACCAUGUAUACUGCAAUCGGUGUUGCCAUUGAAUCGAAACGUGUACAAUUUGAACCAAUCCAAUCAAUGAUGACUUCAAAUCAAAUUGUUCUAAUUAAUAAAAGUUUCAUUUAUGCUUGGCAAUAUUUUACACCGAAACAAUUACUUGAUUUAGGCUUUAAAUUUACACCAUCAACACUACGUCAACGUGAUGGAAUUGAAAGACUUUAUCAUAUUGAUACUAUUUCAAUGAAAACUGUCUCAUCCAACUCAAUUAAUGAAGAUACUACUACACCAAUAUUUCAAACAGAAAUUGACUGGAAUUUAAUGAAUCAACCAGUUACAUCUGAUCCGAUAGCUACAUUGACAAUUAGUCAUUCCACUAGACGUUUGUUGAUUGCUCGAGAUUCUGGUUUAAUACAAAUUUACCGAUUGCCUGAUUUAUAUUAUGAAAUGAAAUUUUCCAUUGGUUAUAAUUGUCCAUAUCGAAUCUAUGUCAAUUGUAAUGCAACUUGUUUAGGUGUGAUUGAUGAAUUGGGUAUUUUUCGGCUACAUUUUAUACCGGACAAUUCCAAUAGUCUUUCAUCAUCUGUUAAAUUCCAAAAUAUUGAGAAUUUUAUGAGAAAAGAUGUUUGGGAUGUUAAAUUUGAAGAAGAUAAUCCUGAUAUAUUUGCUAUCAUGGAAAAAACUCGAAUGUUUAUAUUUGAUGGUUUACAAGCUGAACCAGCAAUUCAAACAUCUACAUAUUUUUAUGAAUUUAAAAAUUUAGAAAUUCAGGGCAUUCUUUUGGAUGAUUUAGUAAAAUCUGUCAAUAUUCAACCAAAUGAAGAUUAUCUUUUAAAAACACCGAUCAAGAAAGUUAGAGAUUUUAAACAAAUUUUAGAAAAAGAUGGAUUAGAAAAAGCAUCAGAAUUUAUCAAUGAUAAUCCGUAUAAUAAAUUAAGAUAUUUAUUAAUUGAAGCUUGUUUAGAAAAACAAAAUCUUGAUAUGGCUGAAUUACAAUUUGUACAUUUACAAGAAUAUGCAGGAAUACAAUUUAUUAAAAAAUUAAGAAAUAUUCAGUCAAAAUUAAUUAGAAAAGCAGAAAUACUGAUUUAUUUCAAACGAUAUGAUGAAGCUGAAACUCUACUAUUAAAUAAUGAUCGUUCUGAUUUAGCUGUGGAAUUAAGAAAACGAUUAGGUGAUUGGUUUCGUUUAGCUCAAUUAACUAAAGAUACUGGUGUAUUAAUGAAAGAUUCCGAACAAGCUGAAAUAUGGAAUGCUAUAGGUGAUCAUUUUCUUCAUCAAAUGUUAUGGGAUAAAGCAGCUGGUUAUUAUCAACAAGGAAAUAAUUUACUCAAAUUUACUGAAUGUUUAUAUCAAUUAGAAGAUUAUAAAGGAAUUGAAAGAAUCAUAGAAGAAUUACCUGAUUGUCAUAAUGUACUAUAUGAUUUUGGUCUUAGAUUAGCUAAUCUAGGCAUGAUACAACAAGCUGUGUAUGCAUUUACAAAGUGUAAUCGUCAUAAAGAAGCCAUUGAUAUUUGUAUACGACUGAAUCAAUGGAAUGCUGCUUAUGACUUAGUGAAAUGUAUUGAUUCAUCACAAGAUGAUCAUCUUUAUCAACAAGAGCAAAGAAAACGAAUUGAUCAUUUAUUUAUACAAUCAGUGAAUAGUUUCAUUGAACAAGGUAGAAUUAUUGAAGCUGUUGAAUUAUAUAAAAAUGCUGGUCGAUAUUUAGAUGCUGCAGAAUUAUUGUAUAAAGAAAUUCAAAGCAUCAAACAGUUUCCUAAUAAUCAUAAUAAUAAUCAUACUAAGCCUCCAUUAUAUAUGAAAAAAAUGUAUGUACUUAUUGGUUUAUUAAUGGAACAAUAUUAUGAACAAAAUAAAUUACAAGCUAAUGUCAAGCCAAGAAAUCCUGCUUGUGGUGAAGGUGUAUUAAUGGCAAGUUCAACAAUUGCUGGUCUAUUAUUAACUGAACAAGACUAUAAUUUAUUAAAUUAUAAAAAUAAUACCGAUAAUCAUAAUAAUGAACGUUCAAACAACGCGGCACAAACUAAUUCAAUGUUCAAUAAAAAGCCGGAACAAUUACAAAAACAAAUAAUGAAAUUACAUGAAAAUACAAUGAAAAUGAAUUUCAAACAAUUUGAUAAUGAUUCCACAAGGAAAUAUUCUAAUUCUAACAUGGAUUUAAUGAAGAAAACUAAUGAAAUCAGUCGUUUAAUUGAUCAACCAUGGAGAGGUGCUGAAGCAUAUCAUUAUUAUAUGUUAACACAAAAACAACUUUAUGCUGGUUCAAUUAAUCAUGCAUUUAGAACUGUACAAUUAUUGAAAGAUUAUGAAGAUAUUUUAAAUCCAUUUAUUAUUUAUAGUUUAAUUGCUCUCUGUUCUAUUUAUGCAAGAAAUUAUGUGAUGUGCUCUAAAGCAUUUAUAAAAUUAGAAAAUCUAACAGAUAUCUCAUCAACAGAUCAAAAAGAAAUUAAAGAAUUGACUAUAGAUUUAUUUUCCAGACAUCAACCUAUUAAUGAACAAAAUACAUUGGAGUCUUCUGAAAUGGAUUCAAUGUUGGAAAGUGAAACAAAAAUUCCUGUAUGUGUUGUAACUGGUCAACCAAUUACCGAUUAUCAAUUUUGGAUGUGUCCAACAUGUAAACAUUGUGCAUAUGAAAAUGAAAUCAUUCGAUUGCAUAAUUGUCCUUUAUGUCAUUUCCCUAUUCAGUAAAUAAAUAUUUAUUCGACAUAAAAAAAUUUGAUUUGAAAAUAUAUUGAAUAUCUU